AUGAUGAUGAUGCUGAUGAUGCUGAUGAUGAUGAUGCUGAUGAUGAUGCUGAUGAUGCUGAUGAUGGUGAUGCUGAUGAUGGUGAUGAUGCUGAUGAUGCUGAUGAUGCUGAUGAUGCUGAUGAUGCUGAUGAUGCUGAUGAUGCUGAUGAUGCUGAUGCUGAUGGUUUAUGUUGGUUUGAUGAUGCUGAUGAUUUAUGUUUGGUUUGAUGAUGCUGAUGAUGAUGAGGAUGAUGGUGCUGAUGCUAAUGAUGAUGCUAAUGAUGAUGAUGAUGAUGAUGCUGAAGAUGAUGCUGAUGAUGCUGAUGAUGAUGCUGAUGCUGAUGAUGCUGCUGAUGAUGCUGAUGAUGCUGAUAAUGAUGGUGAUAACAAAUUGGGUGUUCUAAAGCAUAACAUUGAAAUCUGUUUGAACACAACGGCAUUGAGCUAUUUUUCUUUAAAAACUAGGCCAGCUGUUGCA